GUCAAUUUUGAAGUGAAGGAUUGUGCGCACAUCACAAUGGCUAUUAUAAAAAAUGAUUUUUGGAGAGAAUUUAUUGAAGCCUUUAGAGAAGAAAAAGUGCUGUGGGAAAUAAAAAAUGAAUUUAACAAAAAUAAUCUGAAAAGAACAGAAAGUUGGCAAAGACUUGCUAACAAAUUGAAAGAAAUUGAUAAGGGUGCCACAAUUGAUACAGUAAAAAAGCGCGUUAAUGGCAUGCGAAGUUGCUAUAGGAGAGAAUUGUGCAAAAUUAAAAACACUGAAAAAUCUGGUGCUGGUGGAGAGGACAUAUAUGAGCCAACGCUUUGGUACUUCCACCACCUAGACUUCCUUCGAGGAAACGAAGUGACAACGGCAGGAAUAAGUACGCCUGAAGACCCCGAAUUUGAAAAUACGGCUCAUUCGCAUAGUAAAAAACGAAAGAAAUCUGACAAUAAUUCAAAGUUUCUGGAAAAGGCAAAAGAACACCUUGAACAAGCAAAAAAAACAAAAGCUAUACGCGAUGAUGCUGACGUAUUUAGUGAAUCAUGGGCAGUUUUAUAUAGGAAAUUAUCUGCGGAGCAGCAAAUAUACGCUAAACGAGCCAUAGACGAGAUAUUGGUACAUGGACAGUUGGGAAACUUGGAUUUGAAUUCCGUUCAGAUAAAUGUAGUGCAAAGAGAUCCAAGAACAUUGACAAUAUCUCGUGUUUCGACUCCAUACACCUCUUCAGGAUCCCCAACAGAUGUUUAUCCCACAGCCAUAACUCCAGCGCCACAAAUACUUACACCAAAAAGCAAUCGAAUUGAUUGUUCUCAAUCUGUGUUUGAGGAAUCAGCUGAGUAUAGUAGUAUAAAAUCCCCAGCUCGAUCUUUUAAUGAACUUUCUAGAGACUCCCAGUAUCAGUAAAUUUAAUUUAAAUGUAUUUGGGUUUUUUUUUAAUUUUAUAGUACAA